UGCGAAUCCACAAUGCAAUGUCCUAAAUGACGCACUGUGUGAUUUCAUACUCCGUGAUACGUUCACUUUGGUUCUCGAUAUAUGGGUCUUCAUUCAGCUUGUCUGGAUAACUAUGCUCUGUGCGGUUCAGCUGGUCCAGGUCUCUCGAAACCAGACAACUUAUGAAAACAUGAGGGGCCAUUCAAUUGAUCGGAGUUAUCCGAGCUCAAGAGCAUUUGCCUCGGCUCUAACGGCAGGUACAACCUCAUUAGAUGCAGCUGGCCUCUCUUCGGCCGGCCAAGGUCCCAAUCCCGCUCUGGUGCACAAUGCUUCUCAGCGACACCCAAGAAAUGGCUGUGUGCGACAAUGGACCUCUCUUCUCGGAAUCGACACAUUUUUCGCAACAGCUCGAGAUGGGUUACGGGACGGACCGCGGGCUGCUCGGCCUAGAAAUCCCUUUUCCCGUGGCAUCAUCACCAAUUGUCAGGAUUUCUGGUGCGAUCCCGCGCCCUACUUUGGACAGCGAGAACCAGGUUCCGCCAUGCUUGGCGGUGAAAUCGUCAACUACAACCGCAUGUAUGAGGUCCCAUCGCGAGUGCACUGCGAUGGGACCUACCAUAGCCUGGCCGAUAAUGACCUGGAGCAAAAUGCCUAGAGCAGCAUAUUCUGUUCAUUAUAAUAGAACCUUCAAAGACGGACCGGACACUUUGAUGGAUUCAUGCUUUUUGAGGGGAAAUAGAGCCGUGUAAAUCCCUGUCGCGUGGAUCCUAGUGUACACAUAUUAUCUGAUUGGCUCUCUCGUUCAAAGCAUUCGUUCUCAAGCGUCACUUUUACCAUCACGGCCUUCAUGUAUCAAGCUUUGCAUACUGGGAAUAUCUUGAUAGUAAAUAAUCAGUCAUUGACGAUGCAUGAGCGUUGUGAAUUAUGUAUGAGCUAGAGGCAUGGGUUGC